AUGACGUCUGUAGAAAGCACUGCUUACAUCGGUAGUCCUGUUUGUAAACAGUCGCUGUGGCUCCUCCUCUCCCCGAAACCCAUGGCCAAUCCUGACAGGAACUGGAUCCUGGGCUUCGACAGGUCGGGAAACCCGGCACAGCGGUCUCAGGUUUUGGAGACACCGUCGGCGAAUGUUGAGCCGGGAAGGGCAGGGACGGCGGUGUGGGGUGGCUUGAACGCCGACCACUGGCACCAAGCAGACGUCGACGGGAUCCAAGAAACGCCGAGGCACCCGAGAGCCCAGAAACGAUCCAUGCGACGGUCGGGUAAAAGGAGAACAGUGCGUCAGGAGCCCAUCAUCUUCUCCGGCCACAGGCUGAGCAAAGAAGACGACUCCAUCUGGUUUAGAUCUGCUGAAGUGGAAGAUAACGGCUUCUACACGUGCGUUCUAAGGAACUCGACGUACUGCAUGAAAGUGUCCAUGUCGAUGACCGUGGAGGAGAGCGACGAGGGGAAGUGCUACAGCAGCAAGAUCCGGCACCUGGAGAAAGCCGAGGUGACCCACAGCAAAAUGAUCACCUGUCCCGACAUCGAAGACUAUCUGGCUCCGUACAAACAACCGCAGAUGACCUGGUAUAAGGAGUGUGAGCGAGUGGAAUGGAGGAGCUCCGUUACCGUCAACACUACGCACGUCUGGAUUCCUGAGGUGGAGGAGGGCGACGCCGGGAACUAUACGUGCGCACUGCAGUACGGAUCCAAGCAGGUGCGACGGACAACGCAACUAAAAGUAACAGCGCUGCAGACGACUCAGCCUCCCAAAGUCCUUUUCCCUCCAGAGAGACAAGACACGGUGAUAGAAAUCACGCCUGGUAUGUCCCUGAGUCUGGACUGCAAGGCCUUUUUUGGCUACAGCGGAGAAAACAGGAGACCCAUCAUCUACUGGAAGAAAGGAGAGAAGUAUGUGGAGGAGCUGGCAGGACACAUCAAAGAAAGUGAAAUCAUGAUCUUGAGAGAACAUUUAGGUGAGAAGGAAGUGCAGGUGUCGCUGACGUUUGACGCCGUGGAGGAGGCAGAUCUGGCCAAUUACACCUGCUACGUAGAGAACCGCAUCGGGAAGCGCAGUGGGAGCGCAAUACUGCAGAAGAAAGAUAUGUAUCGCCUGGAGCUGGCGGGCGGCCUUGGGGUCAUCCUGCUGUUGCUGGGGAUCCUAACCGCGCUUUAUAAGUGCUACAACCUGGAGAUCAUGCUCUGCUACAGGAGACACUUCGGGAGCGACGAGACUGAAGAUGACAACAAGGAGUACGACGCCUACCUGUCCUACACCAAGGUGGACCUGGACUCUUUGGGCAGGACGAGCAGCGACGAGGAGACCUUUGCUCUGGAGAUUCUACCGGACGUUCUUGAAAAGCAUUACGGAUACAAACUAUUUAUACCAGACAGAGAUUUAAUACCCAGCAGUACCUACAUUGAGGACUUGGCGCGUAGCGUGGAGCAAAGCAGACGUUUGAUCAUUGUUCUGACUCCAGAAUUUGUUGCCAAAAGAGGCUGGAGCAUCUUCCAGAUAGAGACACGUCUCCACUCCAUGCUGGUUACAGGAGAGAUCAAGGUGAUCAUGAUAGAGUGCGCAAACUUGAAGAAUGUCAUGAACUACCAAGAGGUGGACGCGCUGAAGCAUACGAUCAAGGUCUUAUCUGUUAUCAAGUGGAGGGGUCCAAAGAGCAAUGAGCUGUCCUCCAAGUUUUGGAAGCAGGUGGUCUAUGAGAUGCCGGCUAAACGCAGAGAGACUCUGUCCAGACGUCAGGUAAUGGACUCAGGUGAACAGGGCCUCUUUGGUGACCUACAGACAACUGUCUCAACCAUCGCCAUGACGACCACCUCUGCCUCCCUAGCGCCCCCUAAUGAGAAUCGCCAUGGCCACCAUCAGGUUGCCUUGGCAACGGAGAUCCCUGACUACAACCAGAUGACCUUGCCACUGGGAGGGGGUCACACUGCUACAGCGGCCCAAAUGCGGCACUUCUGCCGCAGCUACGAGUUCCAGCUUCCCCCACAGCCUUCUUCCAUGUCGCCUCCGCUCCCUCCUCCCUCCACGGUGCAGUUCUCCACCCUGGGCCCCGGGGGGCGCCAUGUCUACUGCAACAUCCCCAUGACACUGCUGAAUGGACAGGUGUCUCAGAGCAGUACGCUUGGGAAGAAGCCAGACCUCCACCUGAACAGCACCUUCGUACCGCUCACCAGCAGAGAACUAAGCUCUGAUAUCUGGUAGACUGACGGCUCAGUCGGUACCCGUUUACGGACCGCUGGGCAGACGCCUUCUGGUGGAUUGCUUGUACAACUGGACUUUGUUUGGGGGGGUUUGACUUUGUACAGACUUGAGAGUUAGAUGGCUCCUCGAAGACUGCCUGAGGACUGCUACUGGGUCACUUCAUACCACGUCAUGAACAAAGAUGGUGGAUGAGGCAUGUCUUGAAUCUUAAGUGUACUGGACAAAGACAAAUUCUAAGAGCAAUUGCUCUCCGUGAUGAGGGGAGUGAACUGGCUGCAGAUUGACACCAGCUUGGAUUGCAAAAAGUCAACCAUUGCAAAGGGAGUGCUGCUGCUGACUGACCAACAAUAUGGCCCACUGGGCAGAGAAAAAUAAAAUUUUUAGACAGA